CUUGGACAAGCCUCUGGAGAAUGAUGCUGAGGGGGUAUGGAGCCCAGACAUCGAGCAGAGCUUCCAGGAGGCGUUGGCCAUCUACCCACCCUGCGGCCGGCGCAAGAUCAUUCUCUCAGACGAGGGCAAGAUGACGGAACGAGCUAAUUGCACGCUACAUCAAACUGCGAACAGGGAAAACACGGACGAGGAAACAGGUGUCUAGUCAUAUCCAGGUGCUAGCACGAAGGAAGGCCCGGGAGAUACAGGUGAAACUGAAGGACCAGGCAGCCAAGGACAAGGCCCUCCAGAACAUGGCCACUAUGUCAUCAGCCCAGAUCAUCUCUGCUACUGCUUUCCAAAACAAGAUGGCCCUGCAAGGGCUCUCACGGCCUGCGUAUCCAGCUGCUGGUGCAUUUUGGCAUGGGGCACUUCCAGGCCAGCCUGCACCUACAGAGGACAUCAAGCCAUUUUCACAACAGAACUAUGUCAUGCAAGCCACAGGUCCUCCCAUCACAGGCUAUGAGAGUGCAUCAGGGCUGUCUAUGUCCCCUAGUGCCCCUCCUUGGCAGGGCCGGAGCAUCGCCAGCUCCAAGCUGCGUAUGUUGGAGUUCUCUGCAUUUCUAGAGCAACCACAAGAUCCAGAAAAUUUCAACAAGCACUUGUUCGUGCACAUCGGUCAAUCAAACCCAACGUACUCUGACCCUUAUUUGGAGGCGGUGGACAUCCGGCAGAUCUACGACAAGUUCCCUGAGAAGAAAGGAGGGCUGAAGGAGCUGUUUGAGAAAGGGCCAGCAAACGCUUUCUUCCUCGUCAAGUUCUGGGCGGACCUGAGCGUGAACCUCCAGGAUGACAGUAGUUUUUUCUAUGGCGUCUCCAGCCAGUAUGAAAGCUCUGAUAACAUGAUCAUCACCUCCUCCACUAAAGUCUGCUCCUUCGGCAAGCAAGUGGUGGAGAAAGUAGAGACGGAGUACGCACGGUUUGAGAAUGGACGAUAUGUAUUUAGAAUCCACAGGUCACCCCUGUGUGAAUAUAUGAUCAACUUCAUUCAUAAACUUAAACACCUCCCAGAGAAAUAUAUGAUGAACAGUGUAUUGGAGAACUUCACUAUACUACAGGUUGUUACAAACAGGGACACUCUGGAGACGUUGCUUUGUGUGGCGUACGUGUUUGAAGUAUCCACCAGUGAGCACGGCGCCCAGCACCACAUCUACAGAUUGGUUAAAGACUGAUAGCAGAGCAUUGCUCUGGCUGGAGCCUGCUCCUACCACUACAACUACUACUACUACUAGUACUACUACUACAGCUAAACCACCACAACAGCCCCCCCUACUGACUGCAGUCCUAACCUCCAGUGGUCACGAGGACACGAGGGGUGACUGACUGACCCCACAGCACUGCUGAAGAGCCCCAACGCCCCAGCAGAAGAGGCUUCGCUACAGGAAUCGGAACCACAGCCUGAAUAAAGUUGUAGAAUGUCAAAACGUCAUUGUGCGCGCGUGACAGGCGUUUGCCAUCUCUGUGUUUUUUUUCUCUUUUAUAUAACAAAACCUAUGAGAGAAGGACAUUUGCAUGAAGACGUUUUCUCUCUCUCUCUCUUGAUCCUCUUUAAUCUAUUUUUUCUCAAGAGUGUUUGUUAUAGUAUCUUUUUACACAGCUGCAUGUGUUAGUGUCAAAACUGGUGGUCACCUGGUGACCAAAGAUUUAUACGACAGUAUUUUCAGACUCCAUGGUGGAGAAAAAAAGGGUAUUUGACACUGAAACCUAAGUUAUAUUUGUUCCAUUUGUUGUUUUAUCGUAUUGAUUUCACUAUAUUUCAGCCAACACACGUAACACAACCCAAUAACACAAUUUAGUACUGAAACCGUUUAUACACUGAAGACAGACCAGUGUUUCCAAACUUCAGCUAAUGCUAAAAUCCUAUGUGAGCUGGGUCAACAGGACAAUGCAAAAUGUCAGAGAAGAUCAACUGCAGAAAUGGAUCUGGAAAACACUGACUGGGAAAAAAAAACUGUUUGGAUCCAGUUUGUCAUGUAC